AUGUCUGCCAAAGGAGCUUUAGCCAAAAAUGUUAUGGUCAAGCUUAUAGUGGGAGCCGGCCAAGCAGCUCCUGCUCCUCCUGUGGGUCCGGCAUUAGGGUCCAAGGGGGUGAAAGCCAUCGAUUUCUGUAAAGAAUUUAAUGCAAGAACCGCAAAUUUACAACCAGGAACUCCCAUUCCAUGUGUUUUGACAGUUAAACCAGAUAGAACAUUCACCUUUGAAAUGAAAUCACCUCCCACGUCUUGGUUGUUGAUGAAAGCUGCCGGAAUCAAGCAGGGAUCCGGAAGACCUACUCAUGAUAUCGUCGGCCAAAUAUCCUUGAAGCAUGUGUAUGAGAUAGCCAAGAUCAAAAAGACUGAUGAAAGACAUAAAGAAGUUGAAAUGCAAGCCAUUUGUGGAGCCAUUAUACUGACAGCUGAUGCAAUAGGUGUGAAAGUAGUGCCCUGA